UAAUCAUCGGUCAUUUUCAUCUAUAGCAAUACCGUUCACACACUCGGCAUAACUUAAGAGUCACUAUAACUCGGCACUCGCUACUCGACCUUCGCUCUUCCUAUCAGCUGACAGCGGGAGCUCAUCUGCUUGUCAUUAUCCCCACCGGUUCAUAUACAAGAGACACCAGCCAUGGGUGAGAAGAGGGAGGUACCAAAGCCCCUGAAGAAGCUGCUGGACUGGGAUAUUGUCAUGACAGAGAAGUUUGUCAAGUAUGUGGACAUGAAAUACGGGCCACUGAGCAGACACAAGACAACACUGAAGGGGCUGGAGUACUCUUGUCAUGGAAUCCCAUGGUUGAUUGGAACAGCCACUUUCAUCUUCCUCCUUCAGGAUGCCUCUAUUCGACAGUUACUAGUCAAUCUAUUUAUUGCGCUGAUCGUGGACAUUGUGGUGGUGUCGGUGGUGAAGGCAAUCACACGAAGGAGGCGGCCAGUUGCCAACAAGGACAGUGAAAUGUUUGCCACAGUGUCGGUGGACAAAUUCUCCUUUCCAUCGGGUCACUGCACUCGGGCUGUCAUGCUCAGCGUUCUCUUCCCUCUACAGUAUGACCUCUUCUUCCCGCUGACAGUGGCGUUGGUAGUGUGGGGCAGUGCAGUGUGUGUGUCCCGUGUCCUGCUCCACCGCCACCACAUCCUUGAUGUUGUGGGUGGGAUAGGUAUUGGCUUUGUCCAAGCUGUUCUGAUCUCCUGCAUGUGGCUCUCGGAGGAGUCUGCUGCUGCUGUGGUUAAUUCCUUCCUGGAUGAGACUCAGGUUGGCGCCAGCUAUGAUGUGUGAUGGAAAAAAAAAGAGAGGGAGGGAAAGAAGAAUGGGUGUGAAAGCUGAAAAAGUGUUCCUAUGAGAUUUAAUUCAGAGAUGUUAAUGAGUGUGUGUGUGUGUGUGUGUGUGUGUGUGUGUGUUUAAUAUUACAGUGUGAUGUGUGUACUUUUUUGCAUAUUUAACAAUCUUUCAAAAUUUUGCACCACACACACACAUGCAUGCAUUCAAUACUGUACUUGUUUUGACAGUAUAUAUAGAAGGGAAAAUUGUGCUGCCUUAUUGUAUUGGUUGUUUCCAGAUUAGGUUGAUCUAUAAAUGACAAAAGAAUCUUCCAGGUGACCAUAAAUGUCAGUGUGUAGAAUUGCUGCAUCACCAAAAUGCUAGAUUAUUGUUUCUCUACGUUGCCAUAGUAUAAAAACAGACAUUAAAUGUUGCUUUUAGCUUCAAGCACUUAAGGAUUUUUUUUCAACUUAUAUCUAAAUUAACUUUUAAAUUAAUUUAUGUAAAUGAAAAAUAACAAAGGUUGUGAGGAAUAAAUUGUUAGGAGAACACUUUAAAAGAUAAUUUUAUCUCCAUAAGUUUAGAAUACUAAUACAGGUUAGGCAUCCUCAUUCCCAAACUCGUUAGUCAAAAUUCAGAUUUCAUCAAGUACUGACAUUACAACUUAUAUUUUUGUGCCAGUAUAACACAGAAACAACACAAUUAUAUUAAAUUGAAUCACUUGAUAGUAUUAUCAGUGUGUUUUGAACUGGAUUUUAUUGAACAUAAUUCCAUUGUAAGUAAAAGAAUAUGUGUUUACUCAAAAGUUCAGAAAAAAACGUGGAAUCGAGAACACUCCCAACCCUGAGUAUUCUGAGCAAAGGAUUCUUGGCCUGUAUUACCAUUACUAAUGCAAAGGUUAAAGUUUUUAAUGGUACUAAAAUUAAAAUAUUUAAAGGUGCUGUGUAUUGAUAAAGAAAAUGCCAGAAAAUCAACUUGCAAAACACUACUGAAAGUUGUGCUAAAUUUCACUUUACAUAAAUGACAGUAAUGUCUUUUAAAUAUAAGUAAGAUAUCCUAAACUACAAAAAGAAAAUGAUGGAAGGGUGUUGAUACUGAAGGGCUGUGUGUACUUACAAUGAAGUUGUGUGAUAAUUAAAAGCUCUGCUAAUGCUUACUGGCUUUGUUAUAAUUUCCAAAUUGCAAUAAAGUUACAGAAACUACUAAACAGAAAAUACAGGAAGGGAAACAUGUUAGUACCAGUUAGAAAUGAUGCUACAAAUUUCAGAACAAUUUGUCAAAUAGGAAGUGAAAUAGCUGACUGUAGUGAACCAAAUGAAAAUGAGGAAAUAUCUUAGUGUGUAGUGAGGGAUAAAAUCUAGAGUAUAAUUUCUGGCUGGGGGAACAUUAUAGUGUCUGGUGAAUGAAAUCUGUGUUAUUACUUCUGGCUGGGACUGUACAUCAUUAUGAAUCUAGGCAAGAAAUUUUUUUUCUAAAUGCACUUGAAAAUACAGGGACCAAAAGCAAUAAGAACUUUUUGUAUUCAUAAUAAACUUUCUUAUGUGGCCUUAGAUAUUUGGACAUUAAGUUGUGAUAUGCUGCAUGGACUUAUAUUUAUAUCAUAAUCAAAGUUUCUCUUGGAUGAAAGGCUUAUGAAGUUUGAUGGAUAUGAACUAUGUAUUCUGAUGUCUACCUAUGUUUACCAAUUGUUUCUUUACAUUUAUUUAUUUAUUUUAUUAUUAUUUAUAUGCCAGGUAGGGGGUUAUUAUUUUAUACUGUGAAAAUGUAGGAAUAAUGCCUGAGUAGUUAAAGCCAAUCAAAGUCCAACUAGGAUUUGGUGAUCAUCUUAGUCUGACCAGUAAUGUGUCAGAAUGUGCUGCCAUGAAUGACCUAUCAGGGGGUUUGUUCCCUUGCUAUUCCCUCUCAUGGCCAGCUUUUAAACUGAUUUCUUUGUGUUUCCAUGGAAAUUAAGAAAAUACUUAAUAUUGGGUGCAAGUUCACUUAGUUUUGAGCUACAGAAAUGGAGUUAUAGCCUUUUAUUGUAGUCCUGUUUCAGUUUUACGUUCAACCAGUUCAACUUUGAAUGGUGAUGGUUUAUAUGUGAAUAUUUAUCACACAUUACAGUAUUAUUUAUUUUCUUCAUAUUUUAUUUUAGUUGGGGGAUGAACAUUUUAGUUGAUAUUGUUAGUGGAAAACAUAGUUUCUGUCUUUGUGACCCUAAUUAAAUUAUUUGCUUUUGGUACUUAAGCUACCUCCUAGUCUCUAAUUUUUAUUUACAAAGCAAGACUGGUGUGAAGAUUUUUGCUAACAUUACCUCAGUGAAUUUGUGAGAACAAUAAAUGUUGGUUUUGCUA